CGGAAGUGCGUCAGUCUCACCUUCGCGGUCACAACUCGCUCGGUCGCCGCCAUCUUGCGAGCUCGUCGUACUGUCUGAGCGGGGAGGCUGCCUUGAGGCGGCACCCCUCACCGACACCGAGGCGGACUGGCAGCCCUGAGCGUCGCAGUCAUGCCGGCCGGACCCGUGCAGGCGGUGCCUCCGCCGCCGCCGGUGGCCACCGAGCCUAAACAGCCCAUAGAAGAAGAAGCAUCUUCAAAGGAGGAUUCUGCACCUUCUAAACCAGUUGUGGGGAUUAUUUACCCUCCUCCAGAGGUCAGAAAUAUUGUUGACAAGACUGCCAGCUUUGUGGCCAGAAAUGGGCCUGAAUUUGAAGCUAGGAUCCGACAGAACGAGAUCAACAACCCCAAGUUCAACUUUCUGAACCCCAAUGACCCUUACCAUGCCUACUACCGCCACAAGGUCAGCGAGUUCAAGGAGGGGAAGGCUCAGGAGCCGUCAGCUGCCAUCCCAAAGGUCAUGCAGCAGCAGCAGCAGGCCACCCAGCAGCAGCUGCCCCAGAAGGUCCAAGCCCAGGUAAUCCAAGAGACCAUCGUGCCCAAAGAGCCUCCUCCUGAGUUUGAGUUCAUUGCUGAUCCCCCCUCCAUCUCAGCCUUCGACCUGGAUGUGGUAAAGCUGACAGCUCAGUUUGUGGCUAGGAACGGGCGCCAGUUUCUGACCCAGCUGAUGCAGAAAGAGCAGCGUAACUACCAGUUUGACUUUCUCCGCCCGCAGCACAGCCUCUUCAACUACUUCACGAAGCUAGUGGAGCAGUACACCAAGAUCUUGAUUCCACCCAAAGGCUUAUUUACAAAGCUCAAGAAAGAGGCUGAAAAUCCCCGAGAAGUUUUGGAUCAGGUGUGUUACCGAGUAGAAUGGGCCAAAUUCCAGGAACGUGAGAGGAAGAAGGAAGAAGAGGAGAAGGAGAAGGAACGGGUGGCCUAUGCUCAGAUCGACUGGCAUGAUUUUGUGGUGGUGGAAACAGUGGACUUCCAACCCAACGAGCAAGGGAAUUUCCCACCCCCCACCACACCAGAGGAGCUAGGGGCCCGAAUCCUCAUUCAGGAGCGAUAUGAGAAGUUUGGGGAGAGUGAGGAAGUUGAGAUGGAGGUCGAGUCUGAUGAGGAGGAUGAGAAACAGGAAAAGACGGAGGAGCCUCCUUCUCAGCUGGAUCAGGACACCCAAGUGCAAGACAUGGAUGAGGGUUCAGAUGAUGAAGAAGAAGGGCAGAAAGUACCCCCACCCCCAGAGACACCCAUGCCUCCACCUCUGCCCCCAACUCCAGACCAAGUCAUUGUCCGAAAGGACUAUGAUCCCAAAGCCUCCAAGCCCUUGCCUCCAGCCCCUGCUCCAGAUGAGUAUCUUGUGUCCCCCAUUACUGGGGAGAAGAUCCCUGCCAGCAAAAUGCAGGAACACAUGCGCAUUGGACUUCUUGACCCUCGCUGGCUGGAGCAGCGGGAUCGCUCCAUCCGUGAGAAGCAGAGUGAUGAUGAGGUGUACGCACCAGGUCUGGAUAUUGAGAGCAGCUUGAAGCAGUUGGCUGAGCGACGUACUGACAUCUUCGGUGUAGAGGAAACAGCUAUUGGUAAGAAGAUCGGUGAGGAGGAGAUCCAGAAGCCAGAGGAAAAGGUAACCUGGGAUGGUCACUCAGGCAGCAUGGCCCGGACCCAGCAGGCUGCCCAGGCCAACAUCACCCUUCAGGAGCAGAUUGAGGCCAUUCACAAGGCCAAAGGCCUGGUGCCAGAAGAUGACACCAAAGAGAAGAUUGGCCCCAGCAAGCCCAAUGAAAUCCCUCAACAGCCACCGCCUCCAUCUUCAGCCACUAACAUCCCCAGCUCGGCCCCACCCAUCACUUCAGUGCCCCGACCACCCACAAUGCCGCCUCCAGUUCGUACUACAGUUGUGUCCGCGGUACCCGUCAUGCCCCGGCCCCCAAUGGCAUCUGUGGUCCGGCUGCCUCCAGGCUCAGUGAUCGCUCCCAUGCCGCCCAUCAUCCAUGCACCCAGAAUCAACGUGGUGCCCAUGCCUCCCUCAGCCCCUCCUAUCAUGGCCCCCCGCCCACCCCCCAUGAUUGUGCCAACAGCCUUUGUGCCUGCCCCACCUGUGGCACCUGUCCCAGCUCCAGCCCCAAUGCCCCCUGUUCAUCCCCCACCUCCCAUGGAAGAUGAACCCACCUCCAAAAAACUGAAGACAGAGGACAGCCUCAUGCCAGAGGAGGAGUUUCUGCGCAGAAACAAGGGUCCAGUGUCCAUCAAAGUCCAGGUGCCCAACAUGCAGGAUAAGACGGAAUGGAAACUGAAUGGGCAGGUUCUGGUCUUCACGCUCCCGCUCACGGACCAGGUCUCUGUCAUUAAGGUGAAGAUUCAUGAAGCCACAGGCAUGCCUGCAGGGAAACAGAAGCUACAGUAUGAGGUGAGUCAAUUUGUCCACAGACCUGGCCCUUGGAUCCUGACACCUCUGCUUACACAGAAGCUAAAUCUCUCACGGAAACAGAAAGGGGAGUGGAGUGAUAUCUGGUUGUCGCCAUCUGAAUCCAUCCUAGAAGUGAUGAUGCUGGGUGGGAGUGCUGGGGCAGUUGUGCCCAACAGUGCAGGGCUCUGGUAGGGACACAGUACAGUCUUAUAAGGGAUCUGUAAGAUUCUUUGCCUCAGUGACUGGGGAUAGAGAUUUAGGGACAAGACUUAGGCAUACUCUGGUUCCAGUGAUUGGGCUAUCCCUGCUGGUAUGACCUCAGGCAGCCUGACAUGGAGGUGAGAGUCUAGCCCAGCCUGAUGCCUGCCAGGUCACAUGGAGAGAUUAUGUUCUUCUUCUCUAAACUUUAACAAAUCCCUGCUCUGGGCCUCAGUUAUCUCUAUAAAUUGAGGCUGUUGGACUAAGUAAUUCCUAAAGGUCUUGUGAUUUCAGAGUCAGAGCUCCAUGGGGUUGGUCAGGACCAACUUUUGGGGGAGUUAAGCUUUUGGGUCAAAUGUUGAUAAAGGAGAGGUACAUAAUUGGUAGGAAGAAAGCAGACAGUGAGAGGAAUGAGAGGCCUCUAAUCCCCAACACGCUACCGUCUCACAAGCUCCCGUAUUCGCUAAGUUCAGAGCACAAAUGGACCAAGUGCACAGUUGUAAGGUUGCAGCAGUAUGCUUGAAGCUGGGUUGCCCCAUGCU